AUGUUUGCCCCCAAAACCGUGAACAAUCAUCAUCCUCCGAUACCGAUCACAAGAGCCCAUCAUCAACUCUUUGCCAUGGAUUGCCGACCCCUGCUUUGGGGAGAACUUUGGCCAACCAGCAGAGGACCAAAACCAGCGCACUCGACGAAUCCGGUUUCGGUAAUUAAUUUGUCGGCGCUCCGGGUACCCUUUGGCGAUGCCCUUGCGAGCCCACACGAGCAGCGGGAUUCCGAAAAAGGCGUAUCUUUUGCUCUGACUCUGGUGAUGUUCCAUCGCUUCAGCAGCAGCGGCCUUGGCUUCGAUUCAGUCAGUUUUAAGUCUUUGAAACCUCGCGCGAAUGCCAAAAGCCGGAAGCUAGGGCUUCCACAACCGGAUGGCGACCCUGCCCUGGCUGCGAUGUGUGGGUUGUGGGUGGAUAACAUGCGCAUGUCGGGCGAAAGUGGCGAAACGCUGCAUCUGGUGAGCUUGGAGCGUGAAAGUGCGGGAUCGUACGCCUGUGCAGCUUCCAACACCGAAGGGGAAACGCGUAGCUCUUCCAUCAGUCUUAAGAUACAGUAUGCACCACGCUGUAAGCCGGGAACAGAACAGACGUCCGUUGGAUCCCUAAACAUGCACUCGUUGCAUGUCAAGUGCGAAGUCGAAGCUGAUCCUCCGGAUGGGAUUCGAUUCAGCUGGACCUACAACAAUACGCGAAACGUGUCGCCUGUCCUGAAUUCACGGAUCAACUCUCAAGGCCUGGUCAGUACCAUGACCUACAUGCCACAAUCCGAUGCCGAACUAGUCACAUUGGCCUGUUGGGCCAUGAACAGCGUCGGGCGACAGAACGUUCCCUGUCUUAUCCACAUUCUUCCAGCGAAAAUCCCGGAAACGCCUCGCAACUGUGAGCUUCACAACGACUCGGUCCUGGAGGUGGUCUGCCAGCCCGGAAAUGAUGGUGGACUGAUGCAGAGCUUCCUGCUGGAGGUAGUGGGUGGCAUUCCUCCCCCGCCCUCGAUGUUCAGCCUCGACUACACCCGCAGCCCACCGACCGAGAUUGACAAUGAAAUUUCCACCAUGAACGAUCAGGCGACGUUGGCACCGUUGUUCCGGAUCCAGGAGCAGAUGCCCCAGUUUAAGCUGCACAGUUUGGAACCGGGCCGGGAUUACCAGCUGAUGGUGUACGCGGUCAACGCCAAAGGCAAGAGCGAUCCACCGUUUGUGAUCGAAAAAGUCCGGGUGGGGUCGGCCCUGAUUCCUCCCUACGUUGACGAAACCAUCAUAUCGGAGGAUCCCACGCCGGCGGAAACGUCGAAUGCGGACAAGCAGAAGCAGCACUCGCAGAUGGUGGUUUUUGCGGCCGUCGUGGCCGCUGCCGGCGUUGUCCUGACUUCGAUCGUCGUGGCCGGCUUCGUGGCGAUAUGCAGGCUCAAGCGACCGAAACCACCGGAACCGCAGGAAGUGCGCAAGCGGAUGCGACCCGCCCGAACCGAUGUGCCAUCGAUGUAUGCCGAGGACGACGUCUUCGAUGACGAGUAUCAGCGGCACCCCGGGGGACCAGGAGGGGGACCGGGAGGGGCCAACAGUAACGAUCCCCGGUGCAGCAGGGCCUCGUCGACCCUUCGGAGUAGUCGGUACAUCUCCGAGGGAUUUGUACAGUAUUCGCAACCUAGUCUUAAUGAUCCGGACCUGAUUCUUCCACGUGGCACCGAGAUGGAAUUCACGACCCUGUCAGGAGCUUAGCAGAAGCCAACCUAGCCGUAGGACGACGUAGCGCUCUAGUAGUAGUAGAAGUAUAGUAUACAAUUAAGAAUGAUUUCAAAGAAUUAAACGGAGUUGAUUGUCGUUUGGCUGCCGGCCAGUGGAAGAAAUACAAUGGCGACCGUGGCAAAAAGAAGCGUUGAUAUUCAGAAGGUAAGCGCGUGAUUUGUGUGUCUGUGUUUAUGUAUGAAAAUUCAGCAAACCAGUUUGCCGAACUUAAAAUGUAAAUAGUUGAUGGAAAGUUUGUUGAUUUUGGUUUGCAAAUAACUCAGCGUAAGGUUUUGACCGAUUCCGACAAAAUGUGUGCAAAUUCGAGGGACGAAUUCGCGUGAAUGUGAAUAACAUUAGGAGAUGUAAAAUAAGCAAAUAAAAUAGGUAAGCAAACACGCUCUAUAGUAAUGGAUUGUGUUCGGAAGAAGUGAGCUGAUGUUUGUGUUUUCAUCGUUCUCCCAAUUGAUGGAAACAACAAGUAAAGGAUAAAGUUCCCUUAUCUUAAGGAAUUGUGCAAACAGUCUAGGGUUAAAAUCACAAGCAAGUGGAGCGAGCGAGUGAGAGAACAAUUUCAAAUUUGUUACUUUGAAAAUUGAAAAACAAAAUGUGAACACACAAGUAUAAAUUGUGAGAUCAAACUCUAUUUAUACUUUAACCUCAGUAGAAUUUAUUUUAUAGCCUAGCGAAUAUCAGAUGGUUUAUCUCGAAGCAAGCAAGUUAUACUGUUUGAGUAUUUGAAAGGGGGAAAUCGAGUUCGGCUCGAGACUCCUAGAAGAUUUAAGUAGUUUAAAGUUACAGGCCAUGGAUCAUUGAAUGAAGAAAUGUUAGCUCGGGCUGACUUGGCUCCUGAGAAGGAAAACAAAUGCUAAUGUAAAGUUAAAUCAAAAACGUAAAUAAAAAACACAACACAAAAUAACUCUAGAUAAUGAAUCUAGUUUAGUUGCUGAUAUUUUUUAUAAGAAACUAAUAAAAAAAAAACAAAAGAUUAUAAAUCAAAACCAACCCGAAACGUGACGACGGUAGUCAACAACAAUCAAAAAAAGGAAUUUCGUUCAAUGAAAUAAAAACAGCUCCAUGAGAUUUUUUUUUUCGAAACAUA